GCGAUUUGUGGUGCAGAGCAUCAGACAAAAGAGACAACCCGCAUUUAAAUACUUGAAGAAGAUGAGGAUCGGUAUAACAUCGCUUUAAUUCGUCAGGCUUGAGCGUCAUUUCAUAGCCCACACAAGAACAAGAAUAUGGCGAUCACAGGUCUGGCCGAAGCAGAUCUGCCCCCUCAACGGCAGCCAGGCUACGACCGGGAGGCUGAGCUGAAGGCCUUCGACGAUUCUAAGGCUGGCGUGAAGGGCAUCGCCGAUUUGAAGCCACCCAAAAUACCGAGAAUCUUCAUACAUGAGAAUCUCAACCUUGGUCAGAACAAUCAAACAGGUUUAUGCAAGGACAGCAUCCCUAUUAUCAGUCUGAAGGGCGUAGAUAGAGAUCCGGUUAAACGAAAAGAAGUGGUCGGCGAAAUCAGGGCUGCGAGCGAGAAAUGGGGAUUCUUUCAGAUCACUGACCAUGGAGUUCCUGAGACAAUCUUGACCGAGUUGAUUGAGGGAAUAAGGAGAUUCCACGAACAGGAUACGGAGGUAAAGAAGAAGUUUUAUUCGAGAGAUUAUGGUGGCAGGAAGGUUCUGUACAACAGCAAUUUUGAUCUGUUCAGUGCUACCCCAGUGAACUGGAGGGACACUUUGACAUGUGUUCUCGCUCCGCAGCCUCCUGAUCCUGAGGAACUGCCUGAAGUGUGCAGGAACAUAGUUCUCGAGUACUCCGACAAAGUUCGGGAUCUAGGUAAUGCAUUGCUGGAACUGCUCUCAGAAGCUCUGGGCCUCAAUCCUGAUUACCUUAGGAACAUAGGCUGCGGAGAAGGGCUGGUAUCCUUUGGCCACUAUUAUCCUCCAUGUCCGGAACCGGAAUUAACAUUGGGCACAAGCGACCAUUCCGAUAGCGGAUUCCUCACGAUUCUCCUGCAAGACCACAUGGGCGGCCUCCAAGUUUGGCUGGGGGAUGAGUGGUUUGACGUGAAGCCCGUCUCGGGAGCUCUAGUGGUGAAUUUGGCAGACUUGAUGCAGCUUAUAUCGAACGACAAGUUUAUAAGCUCAAGGCACAGAGUAUUGGCACAGUGCACGGGUCCCAGAAUUUCAGUCGCGUGUUUUCUCAGGCAGCAUCACCACCACCCGGAGAACUCAAGACUAUACGGGCCACUCAAGGAGCUGCUGUCAGAAGACAAUCCCCCAAUAUACAGGGAAACCACGGCGAUGGACCUCGUGGCGCACUACUAUGCGAAAGGGCUUGACGGGAUCUCGACACUCGAACAUUUUAAGAUAUAGGCUGGAUCUUAGCUCAUAGGUAAUUCAGCACGGAUGUGCUCGAUAAAGUUGGACCACGAAAAAUAAUAAAAUUUAGGCACAUGGUUGUUCCUAACCUGUAAUAGACUAUAGAGAACCCACCGAUCUACAGAGAGACCACAGUGAAGGACAAUGUCGCGUACAUGUACUCAAAGGGCCUCGAUGAGAUCCCUGCUAUGGACCGUUUGAAGCUCUAGAAGUUGCUUGCAAUAGUGGAUGGUGAAACUGCAAGGGUGUUCUUAAUGUUAAGGAGGUUUGGUUGAUUGGGUUGUGAUUUGUGAAUGCUCCUGUCACUUCUUAUUGUUCAUGUGUAGUCGGACAUGUCUUUUCACUUUAAGAAUGUUUGGGGGGAAAGGCAGAUCUUUAACUGUGUUCACAACUCUGGAAGAAAACAUUGGGACAUUGUUGAUGGGGCCAGAGGGCAGGCAACAUUA